AUGUUUGCCCUGUGUCUGUCCAGAAGCGGGCUUGAGUGGGGUGAGGCUGCAUCCAGGGGUCAGUCACCUGUUGGGCCUGGGGAAGGUGGGGCGGGGCUGGAGAACGGGGCGGCGGGCGAGGGAGGCCCAGGCUUCACAGAAGCAGAAUCUCCGUGCUUCACACAUGUGCCAGGUCUGCCUGUUGCAGGUCAAAACGCUGCAGAGGCCCAGGUUGGAUGGGAAAAGGCUCUUGAUGUCAGGUCCCACCCCACUCAUCCCCAGUCAGCCCCAGCUCCCCCUGCAGCUCAGCUGGGAGCGCCGCCUCCUGCUUGUAAAUAG